GGAGUGAAGUCCAUAAUGUUUCAUUCAAUGAUUUUGUAGGAAGACACAUAUUUGAGAGUUGGAGAAGAAGAAAGAGGAAGCAAAGAACAAGGAUGGUGGAGUUGGUGUUGUUGUACAAGAACCCAUUGCUCCACGCAUCACUCUCCCUGAUCCUCGUCUUCACCUUCGCCUUCUUCAAAAUUCCCCUCCUUUUCCUUCAUGCUCUCCAGACCUACAUCCACCCCGAUUCCCAACCCCAAUCCAAUGGCCUCAGAGCCGCCAUCCGUCGCCCCGGCAUCGACGGCUACCAGCCCCUCUCCUCCAAAACCGCCGCCGAACUCAAGAAGAGGAACAAGUCCAACAAGGACAAGCCCGAUUUUGACGAAAACAAUGCCCAGAUCUUCAGACUCACGCUCGACCAUGCACAUCUCCAGUCCCGACUCUUCGUCGAUCAGUACUGCGUCGCUUUCACUCUCUCCUUCGCUGCCCUUUUCUCCCUCUUGCUCCACCACUUCCUCCAAUCGCCCCCGAAUAAUGGGUUCUUCGCCAACGGGGCUUUCGUUCCCAUUCUUUUAUCAAUUUUGAGUCUUUACAUGUGGGGGACGUUGCUCAUUAAGGUCACGUUCGAGAGAUCCGCGUCCAGGAGGUCCGACAAGCAAUUGAGCAUUUUUUUUGGGGUUUUGGGGCUUUGCUUUGGGCUUUUGUUUCUUCCUGAGGGCGUGUCUUCGGUUUUGGAGUUCCAUUUUGAGGCUCCUAUCGAUGGGUUUUUGAGGGUUUUCGUUGCUGCAUUGAUGGGGUUCCUUGCGGGGUGUUUGUUCAUUCCGGCUUCUAGAAGUGCUCGUUGUUUUUGGCUUGGGACUGAUCAGAUAGGUUGCAAUUUGUCGAUGAUAACUUGUGGGUGGUUUACUCGUGCGAUCCUUUAUGCAAAUCAGGUGUUAGUUAUAUUUGUAGCUCUGUUGUGGAUAAGCCCCUUGGCUGAGAUUUUUGUGAAUAGUGGAGAUGGUGCGGCAAAGAGUGGAUUUGGUAAUGCGGAGAAAUUGGUGGGGAAAAUGGGGUUCUUGCCUUCUGAUUUUGGUAGCUUUAGGAAGUGGUGCUUGUUGGGUUCUAGUUUGUUGCAGAUUGUGGCUUUGAGGCCUAACCUGCAGAUGUAUCUGAAUGAAGCUUUGUUAUCUUGGUACCAAAGGCUUCAUGCUAGCAAGGUUCCUGACUUGGAUUAUAGUAGGGCAAAGAUGUUUCUUCAUAAUCACUACUUGUGCCUUGUGGUUUUGCAGUUCCUUGCCCCUCCUGUGCUGGUUCUUAUCUUUCUUGGCUUGUCACAUAUUGAUGGUGGUUCUUUUGGAAAUCUUACGAUGUUGAGUGAUUUACUGCCCAGGUUUGCUUUCAUCAGGGAAGUGACUUUGUUUUUGGCUUGGUGGGUAACCUUCCUCUGGGCACUGUUCUCCUCGGCGAUCCUUAUGCUACAUCGCCACUGUGUUUUAUAUGUUUCUUGAUCGAGCUUUAGUUUUUAUGAGUGCGAUUUAUUGGGCCUUUCGGUGAGCCUUUUAUAAAUACUUUCAUUUUGAGAAGAUUGCUGGACUUGUAACUGAAGUUUUGCAGGUUAGUUGACACGGUAUCAUUCUUUAGCAGAUAUGAGGUUUCAAGUUGUUUGUUGUAUGUUGUUACUGUUGAAGGUAUUGGGCAUUAGAAUCAUACACAAUAAACUGACUAUAGAAAGGCCAAAGUUUAUAUCAAAGUAUACACUCCCUUCAAAUAUCAUGCAGACUUACAUGUGUCAUAGUUUGUAUUUAGAGGUGUAUGUGUAUACAGGCUGAAGGCACUUGUCAUGAUUUUAUUUCGAUAAGUGCGAAAGUUUAGCACUGGAUUAGACAUUCAUGUAUUUUUCCUAGAAGUAAAUGUUAUCGUGCUUGUUCAUCAUCCUUUGGUUGUAUGACACUUUUUGUGGCCUGUGCU